AAAACCAAAUCGGAGACGAAGCAGAACAGACGAACACCCCAGAAGCGAGGACUCCAACCGCCGAACGCCAUGCCGCCGCUCCACGGCGCCAGCCUCCGCAUCCUCCUCGCCGGCGCCGCCGUCGCGCACCUCUCGUCCUCCCCCGUCGCGCGCGCCUCCCCGUGCGCGCCCCCCGCGCCGCUGCGGCUCCGCGCCUUCGCCUCCUACAGCGCCUCGGAGCCUCCGCCUCCGCCUCCGCCGCCGCCCCCAUCCUCGCCCUCGCGGGUCCUCGCCUCUGCCGGUGCCGCAUGCGACUGCGAGCCGGGGGCGAAGCCCGCGAUCUGCACCGCUGACGAGCUGCACUACGCGCCCGUGCCCGGCUCGGACUGGCGGAUCGCGCUCUGGAGGUACCGCCCGCCGCCUGAGGCGCCCAAGAGGAACCACCCACUGAUGCUGCUCUCGGGAGUGGCUACCAAUGCCGUGGGAUUCGACCUGUCGCCUGGGGCUUCCUUUGCCCGUCAUAUGUCUAUGCAAGGGUUUGAUACAUGGAUUGUUGAGGUGCGUGGUGCAGGCCUCAGCACACGUGGAUCAGAAUUAGCUGCGGCUAGCACCAAGUCUGACUUGUCCCCUAAUUCAGGUGUGGAUGAAAUUUCGACAAAGAAAGUAAAUGUUGUUCGUCCUGCUAAGGACAUGUCAACUAAUGAACCUCAAAGUGUUCAAGUGCCAGUACUAACAGACAAGAAUAUGGUAGAAACAAACACAUCGGAAGAACCACAGCUGGUGACCAAGUUAACAAAUGCUUUGGCACGAUUGAGUGCAACAUUUUCUGGUUAUGUAAACGAUAGCCGUCUGAGAAAUAUCGCUGACAGUUUUUUUGAUCGAGUGACAGAACUUCACCCUGAUGACUCAUUAACUACUAGUAUCGAGGAGGUUGCGGAUAAAAUACUAGGGUUGAUGGAAUUUCCACAGACGUCAGCUAUAUAUGAUCAAAUUAGCCAAUUAAGCCAGCGCCUAGUGAAGAUUCUUGGGGAAGGUCAACAAAAUGUUUCCCCUCGGUUAUUUGGCUGGCAAGAACGCCUCUCUGCAACCAUAGAAGAUCUCCAGAAGCAGUUGGAGCUGAUUAUUAGCUAUGAUUGGGACUUUGACCAUUACCUGGAGGAAGAUGUACCUGCAGCGAUAGAUUAUAUAAAACAGCAGAGUGUAACCAAGGAUGGAAAAUUACUUGCUAUUGGUCAUUCUAUGGGUGGAAUCUUGCUGUAUGCGAUGAUUUCAAAGUGUGCAUUCGAAGGGGCUGAUCCAGAGCUGGCAGCAAUUGUCACACUGGCCUCAUCAGUUGACUACACAACAUCCAACUCCUCGCUCAAGUUGCUAGUGCCUCUUGCAGAUCCAGCAGAGAUGUUGCGUGUUCCUGCUAUCCCACUGGGAACGUUACUAUCAAGCACUUAUCCUAUAUCGUCUCGGGCACCAUACAUUUUGUCACUGCUGCGGUCUCAAAUUUCAGCCAAGGACAUGAUGGACCCUGAACUACUUUCGAAGCUCAUCUUGAAUAACUUCUGCACUGUACCAGCAAAAGUGUUAUUACAGCUGACGACUGCUUUCCGUGAUGGUGGGCUGCGAAACAGGGCUGGUACCUUUUUCUUCAAAGAGCAUUUGCGGAAAAUCAAAGUUCCUGUGCUUGCCCUUGCUGGAGACGAGGAUUUGAUUUGCCCCCCAGAAGCUGUUUACGAAACCGUGAAGCUAAUUCCUCAGCAUUUGGUCACCUAUAAAGUUUUUGGCAAACCUGAAGGACCUCACUAUGCUCAUUAUGACCUGGUUGGAGGACGGAAGGCCCUCCAUGAAGUGUACCCUUGUAUAAUAGAGUUCCUCUCUCAACACGACGAAGUGUCUUCUUAAACUCUUACUAUCCAUAUACAUCAGAACUGUACCACACCGUUGCAGGAUGAUCGUCCUAUAUUGGAAUCGGAUGAUACUGUUUUAUCACAAAAUGGCAAUGGUAACAGACGUGUAUUUUUCUGUCUCAUUUCCACAGGCCAAGCUUCUAGUUUAGUUCCUCACAACAGUUGAUCAUCAGUGUAGUGUGUCACACUGUCACCUGUAAAUGCUCUGUACAUUACCAAAUGGAGGAAUUGAAGAGAAUUCACUAA